CCUCUUGGGACCCCUCUCACGCUGAUGCGGAAACGCUUCUUCUUACGCCGGAGCAUCAUCUCACAACACUCGGAUUAACUUACAAAAUGGACGUAAAGUACCUACAACUUUCGCUCCUCGCCCUAGUGACUUUGUGUUUCACGUUUUUAUUUCAAAAGGCCAGUGCCAUUGAAUGCUUCGAGUGUAACUCGAGAGACCCUGACCCGAAUAUAGCUGACAAAUGUAAGAACUCCCCAGCAUCGCUGAUGUCCAUGCCACAGUAUUAUAAAAACUGCUCAGACGCCAGCGCAAGAUGUAGAAAGAUUCAGCAAGAGGUGGAUAAAGAUGAAAGAACUAUACGCCAGUGCGCCACAACUUUGAACAAUGUGGUAGGUUGUUUCAAGAGGACAGGGACCUACAAAAUCAAGAUGGAGUACUGCGAAUGUGAUGCAGACGGAUGCAAUUCCGCGCCACGCAUUUCGUUGUCCAUAGCAACAGCCUUCUCUUUAAUGAUGGGAGUUUUACUGUGUUAUUUUCUAUAGAUAAUAUUGACCUUGUCUUCUCUCCUUUUUCAUUAAUGUUGCAUCCAGCAGUUGUGUUAGAGAUAGCAUUAUUCACUUGAUUUGAACGUGUGUGCGUGCGAUGAACUAUAGUGCUACAUGUAUGUGUUAAAGCAAUGCAUUAUAUAACAACUUUAGACGGAUUGUGAUUUUGAUACUUUCAUUUUUUGUUUUCAUUUACUGUAAUAACACAAGUCUUCCAUGACCUUUUAUAAAAGGCUUUGUAGAAAGUCUGAUGCGUGUACUAUUGUUUGUAUUAUUUUUAUGCUCAUCAAAUGCAAUGUAGUAGGAGUACAAUUAUAUAAGCUCUUUGAAAAUACAGAAAAAAUGUAUUUUGUAACCAUUGUUAUUGCAAGAGAUUUCCUAACGUAUGAAGUCAAUCCUGACUGUAAGGAAUUGAGGAAAGACGUCAAUUAACAUGACCUUGACCUUUUUAAACAAAUAUUACGUAAAGGUGAAAUCGACAUCAUUGGUAGGAUCGUUUAACCUCUUUCCUCCAUCCUUCUACAACAUAUGGUUACUUUACAUAUCAUUUGAUGCCAAAGCUUGUAAAAUAUUUAUAAAUGUACCGAAAUAUUACCAAUUAUCUGUAACUUGUUGUGAUUUUCAUACGAUAAUGUGAAUGAUGAAAUAACUCUGUAAUACAAUGUAUAUAUUUCUCUUUUUUACCAUUAUCUGGUAGAUUCAUAUAACUGUUUCGUGUUUACUAUGCGAUGUCAAUCAAUUUUUCAAAUCACCAACAAUGUCUUUGAAAUAAACCGUUUAGUACCUGUGUAAAGUU